AUGGCUCGCACAAUGCUACCAGAAGAGUACCAGGAAAUUGGUCGCAGCUACUAUAAGCUCAAGCAGUAUGAAAAGGCCUUGGAAACAUUCUCAAAAGGCAUCGAGUCUUGCCCAACCGCAGAACUGUAUGAUCAUCGGGCUGCUACGUACGAUAAACUAGGCAAUUUUAAUGCUGCUGUCAAAGACGGCCGAGAGAUGAUCAGGUUGAACAAGAAGGACGUCAAAGGAUAUUUGCGCACUGCAAGUGUGCUAGAGAAGAUGGAAAAGCCCGAGACAGCCCUUGGGAUCUACAAGUAUGGUAUGAAGAAUGUGCCAGUUAGCGAUAAGAACUUCAAGCUAUUGCAACAACUCCACGACAAGCAAACACGCAAACUAUCACCUGCAUCAGCCAUCGAUCCAUUGACAGUCUUGCCUGCUGAAUUAGCGGAGAUGGUACUGGAAUAUUGUUCCUUCCGCCACAUGGUCAAUUGCAUGCGCGUCAGCAAAGGGUGGCGGGACUAUCUCUCUAAGCUGCCCAAGCUUUGGAUGCACCUCGAUCUUUCCGGUGCUCGCAGACCCGUUCCCCGCUCCUUUCUCAAUAUCGCUUUCAAACGCUCAGAGUUCCGCAUGACACGCGUCACUGUGCACCGCUUCGAACACUUGGACGUCAUCAAGAACCUUGCGAAGGCCGCCAAGGACCUUUCAGAAAUGGAGCUCAUCUCUCUACCACAUACCAUGCCAGCUAUGUUACUCGAUAUUGUCAAGGGUGCUUCAAAUCUAAAGACGCUCAUCAUACAUCCGGAGAUUCGCGGGGUAUCUGCUGUGGAGAUAAUGCAUGCUCGACCUGCGCUGGAGCACCUAGUCCUCAACUCAACGAGGGGAGUGGCAAGCUCGUCAAGUGGCUUGGGAUCCGCCACUAACUGGGCAAUCUCAUUUGGAAACCUCCGAACACUUAGCAUACACUGGAGUCAUCAGAUCAUGGCGACUCAUUUCGGACUCACCAAAUUGCUGAGCCGUACACCAUGCCUUGAAAACUUGUCACUCUCCAACAUGGAAGGCUUUCAAUUCGGACAAGGGUGGCCCAGAGAAGUGACACAGCUGCCGCCGCUAAAGAGUCUAGUGUUGAAACGGGUGGACCUGCAAGGCUUCCCGUUGCUGCCACCAACACUACAGCGACUUGUUCUUGACAACAAUGGCAGCCACGGGAACUUGAAUUUAACAGAAUUUGGGAGCUUGAAGCGGUGCUGUGUCCCAGAGCUUACAGACUUGACCAUAUCUGGCUUCGACGGCCUCAAUGCAAAUGCGAACGGAAUAGAUAUUCUACUAGAAUGCUGUAUGCAAAACGGCGAAACGCAUAAAUGCUUGUCGGAGAAAGCCCUUCAUUCAUUGUCACUACACGGCUUACUCGAUGACAACAGCCGAUUGUUUACUCCGCUGAGUCAAAACUCGAUAUUAGGUCAAUCACCGCGGAUUCUCACACCAGCGCUUGAGUCCUUGGAUAUAUCCACUAUGCAAUGCGACGACGAUGAAAUCGAGGCACUUCUCACCUAUAAGACGGGACUCAAGACGAUCGACUUGUCUCAUACUAAUAUCACAGGAGCGUCCAUCAAGAUGCUGGCGGAUAGGCUUCCAACGCUGCAGAGCAUCAAAGCGAAUAAUUGUACCAAGAUCAAUGGGCGGGAUGCUAUUUAUUACGCAGAACGGAAGGGGAUAUCAGUAGGUUGCCAGAUGUUAGAGCAGAAAGGCGGACGAAGAAUUCGAUAUGGCUAG